GCCAAUAAAAAUACGUAUAAAGACAAACCAGAAUUAUUGAAACUUUAGUUCUGUAGCGCAUGCAGUACACAACAAUACAUAACAAUAAGCAUUAAAAACCAAUUAUCUCAACAUAUAAAAUCAAUUACUACAUACAUCAAACAUGUUGCACAAGAUAUCGAGUCUCCUUUGUAUUCUUAGUAUCAAUACAAUGAUCAUCUCGUUACAUGGGCACUCAAACUAUGACAGUUUUAAUAACAAUGAUAGUAACGAGUCCAAAUUACUGAAAUUACGAAAACAAGCUAUUGAUAUGGAGAACAUCUCGAACAACCAACAUUAUUCAAAUAAAAAAAUACAGGACACCACGCCUAAAUUCGGUGAAGUAUUUGAUUUUAUAAUAAUUGGCGCUGGUACAGCCGGCGCUACAGUAGCAGCUAGGCUGAGUGAAAUUUCUCAGAAUAAAAUAUUGCUGAUCGAAGCUGGAUCUUACGAGAAAUAUUUCAUGGACAUUCCUAUAUUCGCUCCCAUCUUAAGUUUAGACAAUAACAUCAAUUGGAACUACAAAACUAAACCGUCCAACAAAUACUGUCGUGGCAUGAAUGGUAAUAUAUGCCGUUGGCCAAGGGGAAAAGUAGUCGGUGGUAGCAGUGUGCUAAACUUCAUGUUAGCUACUAGAGGAGGAGCCGAAGAUUACGAUCGUUGGGCAGACAUGGGCAAUAAAGGCUGGGCUUACAAGGACGUUCUUAAAUAUUUUAAAAAGUUGGAAACAAUUGAUAUCCCGGAAUUGAAAUCGGAUAUUGAUCAUCAUGGUACCGACGGACCAGUACAUAUUACUUAUCCACCAUUUCGUACCCCGUUGGCAAUAGCUUAUCUAGAAGCAGGAAGAGAACUACGAUAUCCGGUAGUAGAUUAUAAUGGGAAAAACAUUAUAGGAUUCUCACAUGUGCAAGCUACAAUUAUGAACGGCACUCGCAUGAGCAGCAAUAGGGCAUAUUUGCAUCCCAUACGUGAUCGCAAAAAUCUUCAUAUCACUCUUCAGAGCAUGGUGACAAAAAUCCUGAUAAAUAGCACGAAGCACGCAGUGGGCGUGGAAUUUAUCAAAAAUAAUCGGACUGUACACGUGUUUGCAAGCAAAGAAGUAAUUCUGUGCGCGGGUGCUAUCGGAUCGCCGCAAUUGUUGAU